CACAUCACUAACUACUAUACACAAAACAGAGCAGCGAAAAAAUAAAAAAAAGGGAAGAAUUAAAUUAAAAGCGGCCCAUUGAUCAGGACUACUGCCCCAAAUUGAAUCCACUGCGUCAGAUGCUUAAGGAGCAGCCAAAAAGCCCCAUCCGAAAUCAUUAGGCUAGUGAAAAAGUGCAAAAUAAACAUUCGGCCAGGGGAGGGGGCCAACCAAGAACACUCGAGAGUCUUCCGAAAAUACACAUUACUUACCACACGGAGCGUCUGGGAUCCACAAUGGCCACCAGCGAGAUUUCGAGCUCGAACGAGCGGCACUACUACGCCAAACUGGAGGCCAUCAAGGACAUUCGCGACAAGACGCUGUCCCUGGAGAAGCUCAAGGUGCGGAUCAUCAAGGAGGUGAAGCUGAGCGACGACGAGGAGAAGUGCCUGGAGGAGUACCGCAAGGAGAUGGAGCACCUGCUCGAGGAGAAGAUGUCGCAUGUGGAGGAGCUGCGCCAGAUCCAUGCGGACAUCAACGACAUGGAGAACAUCAUCAAGCAGACGAAGGAGAAUCAGACGCGCUCCUUUGACAUGGCCAACCGGGUGUACGAGGAGUACUUGGCGCUCAAGUAUCAGAUCGAUCACAUGCGGCGCGACUACCUUGGAUUGAGUCCCCUGCGGGACCUGCACGAGGAGGAGGGCAGCCCCAUCUCGAAGGAUCGCUUUCAGACCAACUUCCUCAAGGUGGCUGCCCAAUCGGCGGCAGCAGCAGCUGCUGCAGCAGCGGCAGCGGCCUCUGUUAAUCAAAACUCAUCGCUGGCCCGUCCGCAUGCCAGGCAUCCGCUGAUGCCGGAGGCCACGGUUACCGCCUUGCCCUCGGCCGGUGGCCAGGGUGGUGUCGGCGGUGGCGGAGGAGCAGGCGGUGGCGGAGGAUCCGUGGGAGGCGGCGGAGCCGGUGGCGGGAAUCCAGGGCACGCCUUCAUGCCGCCCGCACCGCCGGGAGCGGGCAGUGCUGCUGCCGCCGCCGCCGCAGCCGCUGCUGCAGUGCGUCUGGGCAAGGGCGAUUUCUCAGCACCACCGCCGCCGCCGCCACCCAGCAAUCGACUCCAACAAUCGCCCUCCAUCGGCAUCGGCCACCAUCCCUCGUUCCGCUCCGACUUCAAUGUGAAUCUCCGCCAGCAGCCGCCGCCCAUGAAGUCCUGUCUGUCCUGCCACCAGCAGAUCCACCGGAAUGCGCCCAUCUGUCCGCUCUGCAAGGCCAAGUCGCGCUCCCGCAAUCCCAAGAAGCCCAAGAAGAAGAACAACUAAGCGACGACCGUUCAAGACCAGCAACUACACUCAUCUUAAAUCCGGAGCUGGUUCCGGAAAGUUAGCCCUUAAACGGAUAGGUGUUUUUUUUUUUUUGCCUCGUCUAUUUAUUAAUCCUAAAGGAAAGUAUUACAACGCAAGUAUGCAGGUGUGCUGAUCAUUUUCUGGAGAUUUCGAAGGUCGAAGAAGUUUUGAAGAAGGCAAGAUAUUAAUUCGCAUGUUUAAUGUUUGACACAAAAUGUUUGAUUUUAAAAUCUCCAAAAGAUUUUCAUUAGACCUCUGCCAUCAACAAUUUCUCAUAACAAUUUUAGGUUGGUAACCUCAAUGAAUUUGAUUUUUAUUUAUACUUUAAUCAUAGGCUAAGUUUAUCGUAAAAGCUCUAAUAAUGUGUCAAAUUAUCAAAAACAAAAAUUCUUUUUAUAAUGUAAGCCAUGCAAAAUAUGCAAGUAUGCCAUAUUAAGUGGAAAACAAAAAA